AAACGUUUCUUCGUCAAUAUGUAGCAACUGCGCCGCUUGAAAGUGAGCUCACAAAUAGCAACUUUUACAUCCACUGACGGUUCAUUUGUCUGCCUGCCAUCUAAGGAUAGUGUACAUGUAUUCUCCUAGUAUGCUAAAAUGGAUUAACGUUGCGACGACCAUCAGUUCUGUGUUGUGGACACGAUAUUGAGUGCAACAGGACUGGAGCACAUUCUGAGAGUCUGGCCUUCGCCUACAAGAUUGGUGCCUUCUGUGGGCUGUGUCUCUUCCUCACCAGUGAUUUCUUAUGCUUGAUAGAAGCUGCACCCUGUGUCUUACAGGAUGGAUGGUGUGGACUUAAAGAGACUUGAGUAUCAACAUCAGCACUCUGUGUUCUGCUGUGGUGUUCUCUCUUUUAGCAUUUACAAGAGAACACCUCACAUCCGGCACCUCCAAUCUUUCCACUAUAUAUAUAUAUAGACCAUAUUUGAUUAAACAAAAAGUCAACUGGAGAUAGAAGUUGUCAGACUUUCUAUCUUUUUUUUCUUUUUAUAGCACAGAUCGAUACUGCUAAUAUAAGCCUAUAUGGCAGACAUGGAAGUCUCCUCAUUUUAAUUUUUCAGUUAGUGUACCCCCUUACGCUUAGUGUGGGUGGUGGGAUGUCGGAAAAGUCAGACGACAAAAUGGUGAAGUUUCUGGCUCCCCCUCAGAAGAGCGGAAAUGGUCCAAGUUCUGGUUCAGAUUCGAUGGUCAGUGAGUGCCGGCCAACAGAAGUGAGACGUCGGCAUCACACCAUGGAGCGUGAUCGAUGUAACCCUGAACAUCGUUUCUUGCGCCGCAGUGUCAUCAGUGAUUCUAAUGCUACAGCAUUGGCUCUCCCUUUACCCAGCAAGAUUCCCAUCCCUGCACCUCAACGGGUUCAGCAACGAGAAGCCGCCCCCCAGCGACAACUGUCUGCUCCUGCUGCUCGUUUGCCGCGGGCUGAGCCUUUAGCUCAAAAUCCAGAGUCUAUUGAUAGUGGAGGAGGAGGAGAACAAGGAAAAGAAAUAGCCAAGGUGGAUGUAGUGCCUUCAGAGCAGGAGCCUGCCAUCGUAAAAGAUACCUGUGAUGGGGAGGUGAUAGCAGCCCUCUCUGCACCGGGCUUAGGAACAGCAUUGCCAAGUCAAACAGAACCUGGAAGCACCACUGAAGUGAAGGUACAACAUGAAGGAGAGGGGGAGGAAGAAGAUAAGGAGUCUGCCAAGGCACGAGCAGAGGCCGAGCAGAGGGUAGCGGAGAAAAAAGUGCAGGAUGACAUUGAAGAGACUGAGACCAAAGCAGUGGGAACAUCACCAGAUGGGCGUUUCCUAAAGUUUGAUAUAGAAAUUGGACGUGGCUCCUUCAAGACUGUCUACAAAGGAUUGGACACCGAGACCACAGUUGAGGUGGCUUGGUGCGAACUGCAGGAUCGUAAGCUGACAAAAACAGAGCGGCAGCGCUUCAAGGAGGAAGCAGGGAUGUUAAAGGGACUACAGCAUCCCAACAUUGUCCGCUUUUACGACUCCUGGGAGGGACCUUCCAAAGGCAGGAAGUGCAUUGUUCUGGUCACUGAACUCAUGACUUCUGGCACACUCAAGACAUAUCUGAAACGGUUCAAAGUGAUGAAAAUUAAAGUUCUGCGAAACUGGUGUAGACAAAUCCUCAAAGGGCUCCACUUCCUUCAUACUCGGGCUCCCCCCAUCAUCCACAGGGACCUUAAGUGCGACAAUAUUUUCAUCACAGGCCCAACAGGAUCCGUCAAGAUUGGAGACUUGGGACUGGCCACACUCAAGCGAUCAUCAUUUGCCAAGAGUGUUAUAGGUACCCCUGAGUUCAUGGCGCCUGAGAUGUAUGAGGAGAAGUACGACGAGUCAGUGGAUGUGUAUGCCUUUGGAAUGUGCAUGCUGGAGAUGGCCACCUCAGAGUACCCUUACUCAGAGUGCCAGAAUGCUGCACAGAUCUACCGCAGAGUUACCAGCGGGGUGAAGCCAGGCAGCUUCGACAAGGUGGCCAUUCCUGAAGUGAAGGAGAUCAUCGAGGGAUGUAUUCGCCAGAACAAGGAUGAGAGGUACUCGAUAAAGGACCUGCUGAACCAUGCCUUCUUCCAAGAGGACACAGGGGUGCGGGUGGAGUUGGCAGAAGAAGAUGAUGGAGAGAUGGAGGCUAUUAAGCUGUGGCUGCGAAUUGAGGAUGUCAAGAAACUGAAGGGGAAGUACAAAGACAACGAAGCUAUUGAGUUUUCUUUUGACCUCAACAAAGACGUCCCAGAGGACGUGGCUCAGGAAAUGGUUGAGUCUGGUUAUGUGUGCGAUGGUGACCACAAGACAAUUGCAAAGGCCAUAAAGGACAGGGUGUCUUUAAUCAGUCGCAAGAGAGCACUGCGGCAGCAGGUCCGAGAAGAACCGGAGAAGAAAAGACUAGAAGAAGAACAACAGCAGAGUCAGUUCCCUCCAGCACAGCAACCAGUCCAACAGCCAAUCAUGGAGGUGCCUCAGUCCCAGCCAGUGAUGCAGCCUGCUCCUUAUGUCCCUCCACAACCAAGCCAACACGGCAUGCAUAUGGCUACCCAACCUGCAUCUCAGCAGAGCCUUCAGAGCUCCAUCUAUAACACUCCUCAACCAAACCAACUGGCCGGCAUGCCACAAGGCAUUCCUUUUAUCCCUCAGUCAACUGGGCAAGUCCCAGUUCAGGGUCAAAGUGUGGCCACCAUCCAGCCAGAGUCCGAGGAGCCUGAGACUGACCAACAACUACAGCACUCUGGAGGAGCCAAUCACAUGGGAGACAAACUACCGGGUUCCACCAGUCGUCCUGAGGUCCAGCCACCUCAGCCUGGAUUACCCUACAGCUCCCCUCCCAGUCAGCACGUUCAGCUCCAAGUUUCACACCCACAGACACCAAAUGACCAAACGCAACAGCAGCAGUUGUCAGGGGUUCAACCACAGAUGCAAGGUGUCCUGCCUAAUGUUGUUCCUGUUGCACCCAGCAGCCAGUCUGUUCCAGUGGCACCUGCACAGUACGGAGUUUACUACCAAACAACGCCUCAGAUUCCCACCCAGCAAGUGAUGCUACCCUCAUCCUCGCAAUCGUCUCCCCCCCAACAGCCAGAGAGCAGCAGUGCUCUUCAGAUCUCCACUCUGCCGCAGGCCGGAACUCAGCAGCUACAGUCUUGGGCCAAUGAUCCGAGUCCUCCUAUCCUGUCACCUCCACUCAACGCAGAGCACCUAUACUUCCUCUAUCAGGCCUCAUGCCGCUCUGUUCCGCAGGCCCCUGCGAGUGUUUCUCAGUCGGCACCAGCAGAACCGCCAGGGUCGUCUGUGCUGGCGCCGCCAUCUGUAGAAAGCUGCCUGUCGGAUGCAGCUUCAGGUCUUAGUGACGGCAAUGAUGGAAGCGCUACUUCAGGAGGUCGCCAUGAAGGGCGCUCAAUGAAACGUCACCAGCGUAGAUCUGUCCGCAGCCGCUCCCGCCACGAGAAGACUGCUAAGGCCAAGCUCAAUGUUCUCAGUAUCUCCAAUGUGGGAGACAGAGUCGCAGAAUGCCAGCUGGAAACGCACAACAGGAAGAUGGUGACCUUCAAAUUUGACCUUGAUGGUGAUAAUCCUGAGGAGAUUGCACAGAUCAUGGUUGAGAGUGAAUUCAUCUUGGAAAGUGAACGCGAGUCCUUCAUCGAGCAGGUCCGCGAAGUCAUAGAAAUGGCUGAUGAGAAAGGAGACGGCCUGAAGGAAGGCUUUCCUCAGAUGAGUGAUCAACAACAACCUGAGCUGUCUCUUCCCAUGCUGCCAGCCUUUCUCUCGGGCAUUUCCCCCAGCACCACAGCGCAGGUGGUGCAUUCAGCAGGACGGAGGUUCAUAGUCAGCCCGGUGCCGGAGUCUCGUCUUAAAGACCAGUUCUUUGGCGGUUCUUCGUUUAAUACCUCAAUUGGAGAUGAGCCAGCCAUCCCACUGGGCCUCUCUCUGUCUGCUCCAUCUGGGACUCUCCAGCAGGCUUUCAGUAAAAUGAGGCAGGCGUGUUUAGAAAGAUGCAACACCAUCGAUCCCGCUGCGGCUGAACAAGAACCAGGCACUGUCCUGACCACUGAGGCUGGACUCGGCCCAAACUCUAACAAUAUCUUGGCUCCUCCGGAAGCUGUAGCUUCUCCUGCUAGCAUUACCUUUCCUGGUGUCACACCUACUGACACAUCCUCACUACCUCCCUCAACUGGGAGGGUUUCCCCUCCACCGACAUCUACUCAGCCCCAAACUCCAGCUGCUGUCACCAGUGAUCCCAGUCCUCAUCCUCAGUCAGCCCAUGAAACAGCCCCCUCACAGCUUCCAUCAGCUGCCAACAGCCCAGCUACAGCUUCCACCAUUUUUCCCCCAUCAGUGCAGACCUCCGUCCCCGCAGUACCUGGGCCUCAGCUGAGCAGUAGUUCUGUCUCUUCUGUUGUUGGCGUGGCAUCCAGUAGUUCUGGCGCUGUCCCUGCUUCAGAGCAGCAGCUUGUGAAUUUGUCCAUCCAACAGCACGCAACCCCGUGUCAGCCUGUCCCGAUUUCUGCUCAGCCCUCUCUUCCCACCUCGUUACCCAGUCAGAGCCAGGUCCAGCCACAGCCAGUGGAGUCGGAAGGGGCGGAGCUCCCCAACAAGACUGCUGGCAGAGACGACAUCCAGGCUCUAGAUAAGAAGCUCCGGUCCCUCUUUAAAGACCAGAGCUCUGCCUCUGCAUCAGUGGAUCAGAACACGGGCACUUCUUCUCCUCCCACUGGAACUUCUUCUCCUCCACCUGGAGCUGCCCUGGUGCCCCCAUCUAACCUUCCCCUCACUACCGGGGGGCAGGCUGUCCUGGGCCCCACAACCACCCCAGGACAGGGUGUUACCCCGGCAGGACAGACACCUCCAACUAAGCCCAGGGCUCAGACAUUACCUACUGGUUUUGAUAAAGCUGCUACACCUCCCUCUGAAGUUGUGCCCCCAUUUCCUGGACCAAAUCAGUCGCAGCAGCCCCUGGGUCAUUUGGAUGCCCAGUUGAGGAGAGCUCUGAGCCCAGAGACGGUUCAGGGAGGUAAUGGAGACCACCAUCCAACAGCAGCUUUUACUCUUGGUCGUUUCCAAGUGUCUGUUGCUACUGACGGUGUGUCUAGCAGUGUUCCAGAUUCCUCGGGCAUCGUUUCCUCUUCUUCCCUCACGCCGUCUUCUACCUCUUCAUCUUCCUCUUCGUCUUCUUCCCCCUCAAGUCCAGAGAAUACCCUCCACCGGUCAUCCUCCUUGUCCAAAGGAGUUUGUGAGCCUGACGCUGUAAAUGGAGCCUCCUCCCUCUCUGCUGAUCCCGAUUGUCAGCCGACCACUGUUGGGCGCUUCCAAGUGUCCACGAGCACCAACGCCACAUCUGGGCCAACCGCUGGCUCUAAAGUGGGCCGCUUUUCUGUCACAGUGACCCCAGCUCCAGCGGCGGCCUCCAGUCCAACACCUGGUUCCAGCACGCAGAAUGGGCCCUCGUCCUCAACGUCCGAUCCCCACGAUGCACACGGCCAUUACAGUAGCGACGUUGACGAUGACUCUGAGACGGAGGACCAGGCGCUGCAGAAAGAGAUCAGCCGUCUUAGAGAAAAACACAUGAUGGAGAUCCAGACUUUGCAGACUCGUCAGAAAGAUGAGAUCGAGUCCCUGUUCACGCGCAUGGGGAAACCUCCUCCUCCGACUGUCUUCUCCCCUGCUGUGGCGAUGGCUGGAGGGCGACGGAGGCUCAAAAGUAAAAGCCACAAAUCCUCUCGUAGUGGACAGCCCAGUCCCAAACACUCUGGAUCCCCAGCCUCAGCUCAGGGGCUUCAUGGCUCCCCUCCAAAGCAAAGUUCACCCUCCUCAACAGAGGCCUCCGAAACAGCGACGGAGGCAUCACAAGCCAUGAACAGGUCGCCCAUAAAGCAGCUUCGAUCGUCUCCAUCCAUGCCCAGCCUCAGCAGCUGCUCCACAGGAUCAAGUGGGACCAGCUCGGCAAACGGUUCAGGCCACUGCCAGAACCACUCUACUUCUUCGGCCCAGGCCACUGGACCCGCUCCUCCUACCUCCCACACACUGAAAGGCAAAGGCACCUUCACUGAUGACCUGCACCAACUGGUGGAUAACUGGGCCAGGGACGCCAUCAGCCUCUCCCAGUGCAAGAGAGGACCUAAAACUGGAGCACCAGCUCCACUGGGACAUGAUAUUAUCCCUCCAGCCAACAUGGGCCGUAAAUUCUCAGCUCCAGGUUUCCUCGGCCCAACACUUCCCACGCCUUCUAGCGCCGCAGCCACAGCGUCGACUCAUCUCCCCAACCCAGCCAACCCCUCGGUCCCUUUGGGGCCUCGUAAAGGCUCUUUGGGUCCCGUUGCACAGGGGUUUGGGUACAACUCCGCCCCGUUCAGUGCUUCUCAGUGGGCAGGACCCACAGCCACAUGCCAGGUCGGCAUGCUGAACCCCGCACAGCCAAUCACGCAGUACCAGCCGCCUACGACGGCCUCAGGCUACCACAUGGGAACCGCACCGGCCCCCCAGAGUUCAGUCAACCCCGGAGGGGCCAACCUGAAGCCUACGUAGCCCAGUGGUAGCCCUAGUCCACGCUGAGACGAAGGACCAAACAGGGCAGACAGUUGUUGAACGAGAACCACUAGCUCUCCUGGCAGUCGGCUGGUAAACUGGCUGGAUAUUGUGAUUUUUUUUCCAAACUUUUAUUAUUCUGUUUUUUUUCUGUAACAGAGUUGACCUGUGUUCACAUCCUCUCAGGCAGAACAAAAUCUGUCCGGCAAUUGGAGGGAGAGUGCAAUACACAUCCACAGCACAAAGGUCUCACACUUAGCCGGCCGUUGGCUGUGGAGUUGAGCUGUGACGAGUGGCUGGUCGUGUCUGGGGAUGUGAGGACGCCACGGGGAACCAGCCGCAGCCAAAGAUGUCUUUUGAGAGCAUACGUUGCAAUGGUGUCAUUCCUUCGAAGAGGGGAAGGUAGGAGGGAUUCUGGUUCACAUCCUUACUAGUCCUGACUUUAAGCCCUGCUGGGACCGAAAACGGUUGAAUUUACACCACACACACACACACACACACACACACACAUGGGUGUUUGUGUGCACACGCACCUGGAAAAACCUGAUUGAGUGACUUGGGAUGGUGGUAAAGUAAUCUCAGAGUGGGGGUGGGGGGCUGGGGAGUGGCAGUGCACAGAAAGUGGGAAAUGAGAGGGGGGCCGUGAGUUUGUCGGAGGCGGAUGAGCAGCAGUGUGACUGGUUGAGUUCGGAGAAGAAAGACAUCGUAAGUUAAGGAGUGUAACGGAUAGGUUCGCCGUAAGAAUUCAUCCCAAUCGCUACCUAUAAGUGAAAUGCAAUAAUGGCAAAGAGUAGAUAAACUGUCCCUUGUAACUGUGGCCUUAAUCCCAAAACACAUUUAAACAUUGACUUUGUACAUAUAUAUUUCUUCACUGGGUUAUGAUUCCAUGUUUUACAUAUUUAUGUCCCUGAGUCUGGUGACAUUGUGAUUUGAGUUGUCCAUCCAAACAGAUUUAUUCUACAGAUUUAUUCUUCACUUGUGAUGUGUGGACCAGUGGCUCUGUCCUGGUGUUGACCGCCACGCAGCGGGACAUGUAAGCGGUGAUGCUGCUGUUAUCACAUUCUGGUUGACGGUGUUUUUUGUUUUUCUUUUUGUCUUGUUUUUUUCGCAAGAAUUAAAUAAUAAACCCAAAUUGACACAUGAAAUACUUUCACUUAUUAAAAAUCUGCCUUUAUCAUAGAACAAUAAUUCUGGUUUAUUGCAAUAGUAUUUAUGGAAGGUUUCAGUCCCUUAGUUGUUUACACGGAUGCAGCGCAGUCCAGACGGUUGUUCUGAAGUCGCGGAACAGUAGAUAUCUCCGCUCAUGACAUCCAGCCGUCGCCUCUCAAGUCACAAGUGUUUGGGGUUCUUUCUUCCUGUGGUCUGUUUCUGUAUGCGUAUAUUUAAUAAAACAAAUGUUCUUUAUGGACCUGUAUUCAGCCAUCAGAAUUUGAUGUUUCACUGUAAUUAUUAAAGGUUGUUAAACAACAUGUAGUUUAAAGAAAUAUAAAAAGUGCAAUUGCAGGGUUGUUGAUGGUAAUCUACUCGCCACGCAGGAGUAAUCCUGCGGUUUAUUAAGAUCGUCUCUAUGACUACCCUGCCCACCCCCCUCUAUUUUAUUGUAGAUAUGUCCAUGUGAGGGAGAUGCUUUCACAUUACGCUCCGUCAUUAGAGUGCGCUUGUGGUGACCCACGUGCACUCUAACCUGUGAACACGAGGAACACUUUAGUGCCUUGCAUCCUCACUAAUGACACAGUUCCAGAUGCAUCUCGUCCCGAAGCUGUGACCGCUUCAGAAACCCAGUGAACUCGAACCUGAAGACGUAGACUCAACAGGUGGCUGCUGGGCCGUUAAGCCCCCAAACAGGACCGCAGAACCAAGAGCGCGCCGAGUGACGUGGUGGCGUUUCCGUGCUCUACACUUCUACUUGUGAAGCUGUGUGUUUAUAUUUGGCUGUGGUUGUAUUUGGUUUCUGUGGAUUUAUAAUUGAACCGUUUCGUUAUUGUGAAUCCCCCUGCUUUGCUCGGCAAGACCCGCCCUGCGUCGAAUUCAAGCGCUGGGAUUGGCCAGGCGUCCAUGCCCACAGAGAGCCUGGUCACCCGGUUCGUUCAGGGCCUCGGCUCCGACCAAUCGGAUGUCCAGAUCCAAACUACUCCCGGCCGAUGCCGGCUUGUCGCUGGUGGACUCGGCCUCCGGCGGGAUUCAGUGACGCGUCAUAGCUGCGCUUGUCCAGGCAGCGAGGGAGCUGGAGAAAGGUUUAAACGUCAUGCUGGCUCAACUUUUGUUUCACCACCUCACGAGUGUCUUUGUGACCUUCGCUGCUCGUAGAUUGGAUGAAUAGUUAAAGUUCUCUAGAGAAAAAAAAUAAGUUACUGCAAUGCAGAAUAUGCAAUGUUUAAUGGAACUGAGGGGUAAUUGAAACAUGUGCAUGCUGAUGAGGGUUGUUACCGACUUCAAUGUUUUUGAUAUUGGAAUAUUAGAUCUUUAUUAUUUGUUUUUAUUAUUCUUUGCCUUCCUGAGUGAUCAUAAAGUGUUGAUCUGUUCACCAAUAUGAAACUAUCAGCAUAUGAUUUCUGCAUGCCAGCUAUACAGGUGUUUAGUCGAGUGGCUGCUGUACAGCACAAGGUCACAAAGCUCCUGACGGUCCAUUUGCUUCUCGCCACCAGUAAUGAUCACCGACCUCCACCGGACGUCGGACCUGUCGAGCUCUUCUUUCUGAUCCCUCCUUACUGAGCUGUGAUUCAGUGUGUUUUGUGUAUGUUUUUCACAUUGUACAAAAUGUAAAAACAAAUAAAAAUAAUAUCGAUUAAAGCA